AUGUCUUUAUCACUUCGAACAUGUGAACCGUUAGCUGCUUGAUUGUGCCCAUGAAGAGAAGAGUGGUGCUGCACUUGCACUGGGGCCAUAGGCCGUGGUUUUGAUGACGAACCACUACCACUGCCAGAUGAUCCAACUGACGAAUGCGGGAAAGAAGACGAUGAUUCGUGGCGGGGCCUCUUUUCGACAGGAGGGUGUAAACCGCUGGACUGUCCACUACUUGCCAUUCGUUCAUGUUCCCGUUUCCGUCGUUCUUCUUCUUUACGCCGUUCCCUAUCUUCUGGCCGCUCUGAAUGACCAUGACGCUGUUCUCUUUCCUCACGUCGCCGCCGCUCUUUUUCUCUCCUACGCUCCUCUUCUCUUCUGCUUUGAUCAUCUCUAGACUUCUGACCAUUCUCGUGCACUGAAACAGCUGGUGACGGAGUCACAGGUUCCUGUCCAGGUAAUGCAAGAGUUGGCAUCGAGAGAUCUGGUCUAGCCUGUGAUGUAUCUGGGAUAAAGCUUCGUCUUGGAGGUGCACGAUCAGCAGCAGAACGAUCACUGGGAGCAAGCGAUUUCGUCCGCUCCUUGUACUCAGACAGAUCGACUUUUUUAUGGAAUGUCGGAGGAGGUGGAGGUGGCGGCAAAAUUUCCUUUUCCUCAGCUCCACGGGAUGGAUUCGGGCUGGGUGUCGAUGGUUUCACGAUGCCUUUCGCGACAAAACGGGUGAGAGCCAGCCAUUCUCGGCACGAUUUGUAAAUACUCGCAAAUUCUUGAGACAUCUCAUUAAGGAGAUCCUGA